GUGGAUAUGAUGAGUAUCAUUGUAGAUAGGUUUUGCUCUUGUCACUUGAAGUUUUAAAAAUGAAAAAAAAAAAAACAUAAUAUGACAUUUAGUAAAUACAAUGCAGUAAAGUAAAUUUUUAUUAAAGUACUUUUUACAUCAACUGAGAACAACGGACAAGGAAGGAGGGCGCGCAAGCUGUACAGGCGGAACGCUGUGAAAACCGCAGCGCGCAGGACUGUACAUUUACGAUGAUCAUGAUGUAUGUAAUAAAACACGCAAAGACAUAGGGGACGUGGAUAAAGGUAAGAAUUUGAGUAAGCGAAAUAUACAGAACGCGGGUGAGCAAUUCAAUUGCUUCAUCUUUUGCGAGCACCACGUGUUUACAGAGACACGUCGUUGUAUGAACCUGCCCUGGCGGCUAUCUGUGUGGGACCGCUUUUAUUACACAAAACAAAGCCUCUGUGAGUCAUGGCGGCCAUAUUGCGGUGGCACCAUCGCGAAACCGCAGAACUCGACAAGGUCUUGAAGGUGGCACCUCGGCGCUUUAGUUACGCUCUAGCACAGGCUGAGAAAACUCGCCCAUCGUUCUAUCCCGACGGAGAAAGGAAGAGGAAGUAGCGCAGCUGGGGAAAGGAAGAGGAAGUUGCCGAGCCGGAUUUUGGCACCUUCUUCCUUGUGAAAGUGCUUCAAAUCAGCAGAGAACAAGGGAGCGGGAGCGCAAGCUGUCGUGUCGGUACGGGCGGAACGCUGUGGAAAAUCGCAGAACUACAUUUUCUCUGUACGCAAACGCGUAAGGGAUACAGGAGGUAGUCAAAGGUUUUUUUGAGGAACAAUGGACUUCAUGGAGAUUCAUCAGAACAAUGUUUCAAGUGAAGGGGCUGAGCCACGCCGCAGAACUUCAGAAUCAGGAGAGCGGGGACGGGGUGAGACUGAACUGAAUGGGCAGCCCCCCUCAGCACGUCCCAUCCCAGCUACUGUCACAGAGGAUGAUGAAGAUGAAGAGCUGACCUUGAAAUAUGGUGCAAAACAUGUCAUCAUGCUGUUUGUUCCUGUCACACUCUGCAUGGUGGUCGUCGUAGCAACCAUCAAAUCUGUCAGCUUCUAUACACAGAAUGAUGGACAGCAGCUGAUCUACACACCUUUCAGGGAGGAUACAGAGACGGUCGGGCAACGUGCACUCAACUCGAUCCUCAAUGCCGCCAUCAUGAUAAGUGUCAUUGUGGUCAUGACACUGGUCCUUGUUUUGCUCUACAAGUACCGCUGUUACAAGGUGAUCCAUGGCUGGCUCUUCAUCUCAUCGUUGUUGUUACUCUUUUUCUUCUCUUUUAUCUACCUGGGGGAGGUGUUCAAGACAUACAAUGUGGCCAUGGAUUACUUUACCCUGGCUGUGAUCAUCUGGAACUUUGGCGUUGUGGGGAUGAUCUGUAUCCACUGGAAGGGCCCACUACGCCUCCAGCAGGCCUACCUCAUUAUGAUCAGUGCCCUCAUGGCCCUGGUCUUCAUCAAGUAUCUGCCUGAGUGGACGUCUUGGCUCAUUCUUGCUGUCAUUUCUGUGUACGACCUACUGGCAGUUCUCUGUCCCAAGGGUCCCCUGCGCAUCCUGGUGGAAACUGCCCAGGAAAGGAAUGAACCCAUCUUCCCAGCUCUCAUCUAUUCCUCUACUAUGGUGUGGCUGGUGGGUAUGGCUGACAAUGUUGAGACCCGGAAGAACAACACUUCCAGCUCUUCUGAGCCUGAGAACCCAGCUUCCCCAGGCCAGCAGUCAGAAGACGAUGGGGGCUUCACAUCAGCCUGGGUAGGACAGCAGCAGCAACAGCUAGGCAACCUGCAGUCCACUGAGGAAUCAAGAAGGGAGGUCCAACAGAUGCCCUCUGCCCGUCCGCCCGCAGACCCAGCUGAUGAUGAAGAAAGGGGUGUCAAACUGGGCCUUGGAGACUUCAUCUUUUAUAGUAUGCUAGUGGGGAAAGCUUCUGCCACAGCCAGUGGAGACUGGAACACAACGCUGGCCUGUUUUGUGGCCAUUCUCAUUGGCCUAUGUCUGACCCUUCUGCUCCUAGCUAUCUUUAAAAAGGCACUUCCAGCUCUGCCCAUCUCCAUCACUUUUGGCCUCGUCUUCUACUUUGCCACGGACAACCUGGUGCGCCCCUUCAUGGACCAGCUGGCCCUGCACCAGUUCUACAUUUAGCAGGAAGACACAUUCUGUCACUUCCCCACUGGUUCAAACCAACACCACUACUGAAGGCUUCUGUACUAUAUGCCAGAAGUCUCUCUCUUACAGAGGCAAUAUGGGGCUGAACCUUGCCUUCCUCUUGGGCUUGGCUGGAUUAGAGAUGCUGUUUUUCCCUCAAUUUUUUGUGAAGGGGUUCACCAUCUUUUGCCCACCUCAAGCAACUCUUCUUCCAUUUUGAUUCUGAAGCAAUGAUUCUGAGUUACAUUUUUCCAUCUAAAGACAAGUGUGCAUCAUUUCGUCGAUUUAUAAUAAUCUAGGCCUUGGCCUUGGCUGGUGCUCACGGGAGGGAGCUUUAUUUGUCUAUGGUCUCUCCUGUUGCUCUUAAUUAAAAAGUACAUCAACAAAUAAGGGAUAUAAUAAGCUGAUAAGACUAACGGUUUAAAAUGCUACAGUGCGUCAGUUCCCAUGAAAUGACACUUAAUGUCUUACUUGAACUGUUUUUUUUUUUUUUUUUUUUUCCCCCCUUCUCCCUCCUGUUUCUUGCAAAUGAACUUCAUCCUAAGCUUGAGAUUAACAAUGGAUUUGUAGUGACUAGAGCUUAGAAACUUUCAUAGAUGCAGAAUGUCAAGGAAGAAUGUUUGGUUGAGUGUCCUUCACAUGUUUAGUUGAAUGUUGUCUUCAUCCUAGGAGGUGUUAAUGGUAACUAGUUUUUCUUGUGAUUUGGGUUUAUUUUUUGUUGGUUUGAUUGUUUUGUAACUUAUUUUUUGCUUUGUCUGUCCUCCAGAGUAGAUGUAGCUGAGUAUUACUGCUUGUGUUCUCUGGGGAAUGCAAGGAUUAAACAUUUAAUUGAGAUGAUAUGGUUUAAAUGUUCACUGUAAAUACAAAGAUUUAUAUCUGAGUGCACAUGCUUGUCAGAAGGGUGGUGGUUUAAAGCAUUAUUUUGUUUUUUCUUCUGUUUAUAAACAGGAGAAUGGCUUGUCUGUUUGCAAGUUGUCUUCCCCACUACACUGGUUUCUUUCAAAGCUCAUUCAUUUCAGACUUUCUGAAAUUUUUUGAAUUUUUUUAAAAAAAAGUUUGAUUUUCUUCAAUUUUUGUAAGUUAACAGAAUAUUCCUAAAUAAAUU